AAUGAGACGGACGCAAGGUGCAAGGUCUCCGAUCUGGAUUUGGGUAUCCCCGUAGGUCACACCGGCAUCGUGUUCCCGGCGAGGAAGGGGCUCCCUCGAAAAGUCAUCCGUCUCGACGCCCGGCCGCUCAUUUACCUACCGGCAUUUAUUGCCUCGCCAGACGCGGAUAAGGAACUGUGUUUAUGUGACUUUCGAUGUGAAUUGGUGUGUGGGUGUUGUGAUUUUGCACACCGGAGCUCUGCGUCGGAUCCGUGUUUUUUUUUAACUUCCGCAGAAAAAUGUCGCGGCUUCCCGGCUACGCGGACUCAGAAGAUGGAGCCAUCGUGUUCUCGGAUCAGGAUGGACCAUCAUACAACGCUGUGCCUGACGAACGGUUCGGCAAAAGUGGUGUCGAGUCUCGGUCUACAUUCGUCCGAGAUUAUUUUUGGUCAAAACCCUUAAAAGUUGUUCUCGCCGACUUUUAUCCACCCGAAAAUGCCAAUGACCAUUUUACAAGCGAUUACGACAUCACCUCAAGUUCUUCUCAAGCCACCCCGGUCUUGCGAAGAGGUUUCCCAUUUUACUUGUGCGCACAGUUUGAUCGACCCGUCGAUUUUACCAGAGACAUCAUUCAUCUGAAAUUCUAUUUUGGUCGUCAACAGUCAUUCAAUAGAGGUAUGUCCUUCACCGUUAGAGUUAACGAUAACCAAUCAGAAACUCUGGAUGAAAGCCGCUGGGAUGUCCUUAUAAACAGUCUCAACGGCUCAACCAUUGUUCUUCAGGUACAAAUCCCGGUAACUUGUCCAGUAGGUGAGUGGAGCUGCGAUCUCUUCACGCAGUCCACUCGGAACACCACAGAUGUUAAAAGAGCUACUAUCAACAAUCAAUUCUUCAUCCUAUUCAACCCUUGGCACAAAGAGGAUGGAGUUUAUUUGCCAAAUGAAAAUGAAAGGAAGGAGUACAUCUUGAACGAGACUGGUAAAGUAUGGAUGGGCUCUUACCGCUUACCUCAGGGUCGUCGAUGGAUUUUCGGUCAAUUCGACGAGUCUGUCCUACAAGUGACCAGCAAUCUGAUGAAUCUAGCCAACUUGCCUGCCAAAGAUCGAGGUGACCCUGUACUUGUUGCCAGAGCGAUUUCUGCAAUUAUCAACUCAAACGAUGACGAUGGUUUGAUCGUGGGCCGAUGGGGCGACGGCCCUGAGAGCUACGCGGACGGGACAGCACCACACGCUUGGACGGGAAGCGCAGCCAUUAUCCAAGAAUAUGCUCGCACUGGAAACCCGGUCAAGUAUGGGCAAUGUUGGGUAUUUUCUGCUCUCGUUGUAACAGUUUGCAGAGCUCUUGGGAUUCCGUGCCGAUCCGUCACCAACUACAUUUCGGCUCACGACACGAACAGCUCGCUUACGAUCGACAAGUACUUCGAUGCAAGUGGGCAAGAAAUCGAGGGCCCGAACGGCGAAGCUAACGAUUCUUGCUGGAAUUUCCACGUUUGGAAUGACGUAUGGAUGUCCAGGUCAGACCUUCCCUCCGGAUACGGUGGUUGGCAAGCAAUCGACGCCACUCCUCAGGAAAAAAGCGAAAGUAUCUAUAGAUGCGGUCCUACCUCCGUCGAAGCUGUGAGAAAAGGCGAAGUUGGAUACAACUUCGACACGCCCUUCUUGUUUGCAGAGGUCAAUGCUGAUCUUUGUUAUUUCCUUGAAGAUAAUACCUCUGACUGGGGCUUCAGAACAUCAAGAAUAGACCAGUAUCACGUGGGGCGAAAAAUAGUCACAAAGAAGGUGAAUAUUGAUGAUGAUCGCGGAGAUAAUGACAUGGAAGAUAUAACUCAUCUCUAUAAAAAUCCUGAGGGCUCAAAAGAGGAGAGAAUUGCAGUCCUUACUGCCAUUCGAGGGUGCGAUCUAGCAAAGAAAUAUUAUGACUACCCUGAUCGAGCCAACGAGGAUGUGUCUUUUGAUCUUGUCGAGAUUGAAGCAGUUCCUUUUGGUGAACCUUUCACAGCUCUUAUGCGUAUUCAAAAUAAUUCAGAUGAAUCAAGGACCAUCGCAGCGCGUCUCACUGUUAAUUCGGUCGCUUACAAUGGUGCUACAGCUCAUCGAGUGAAGCACGAUGAAUUGGAUUUUGAACUCGAACCAAAUGCAUAUGAACAGAUCAGAAUAACUGUAGAGCCUGAAGAAUAUAUUCAUAAACUGACGGAUCACAGCCUGAUCAAGCUGAUUGCAGUUGCCAGUGUCAUCGAAACUAAACAAACUUGGACUGAAGAGGAUGAUUUCCCUCUCAUUAAACCAAACCUAAAUAUUGAUAUUGAAGGAUCGUUGAAAAUUGGUCAACCGUCAAGUGCAUCGUUUACCUUCCAAAAUCCCUUGAAUUAUCACCUAGAUAGUUGCUAUGUAGUUGUUGAGGGACCUGGACUUCAACGACCGAAAACUCUUGCAUUUAGGGAUGUGCAACCUUAUGAGGAGGUCACCUUCGUUGAGUAUUUUGUACCAAAGAAGACUGGGUCGCGUAAGAUAGUCGGCAACUUUUUCUCUCGGCAGUUAUCUGACGUCACAGGAUCAAGGAGUGUCACCGUCUCCGAAUAGCUUCCUUAUUUGUUUUAAUCAUUAUUUCAAUUCUUCCUAUGCAAUAUUAUGAUUAUGUUACUACUGUUCAAAGGCUGUACAGCUUCCUUUUUAUUCGUAAAUAUAUUUAUCUAUUUAUUUAUUAA